AUGGACCUCUUGGGGAGGCGGGAUAUGGAGCCUCCAACGGCGUCGGUGGACAUCAACAAGCCCAUACCCCUCGAAGACCGCGUCGUGCUGGCGGUACCCACGCCGGCCGCCCUCUUUGGGAGACAAGAUAGCUUCAACCCUAUCGACCAGAUCAACCAGGCGUCCCGGUCCGCUCAGCAGGCCAUCGCCUCGGCAUCGCAGUCGGCGGCACAGGCUGUUCAACAAGCCAACGACCAGGUACGACAGGCCCAAGACAGACAACGACAGGCAGAGGAACAGGCGAGACAGGCCAACGACGCCGCCACGAGGGCGUCCAUCUCGGCGAAUAACGCCGUUGUACAGGCACAGGCGAGCGCGAGGGAGGGCAUUGCCAACGCGCAGCAACAGGCGAGGGAGAGUGCGAGCAGGGACAUUGCGGCGAAUCUGGCGUCUGUGACGAGCAGUGCGAACCAGCAGCUGGCUUCGCAGAUUGCGAGCAUCCAGGCGAGCGCGAGUAUCAGUGCUGCUCAGGCCAUUGCAUCUGCUACGGCUUCUGCGAGUGCUGCUAUUCAGAGUGCUCAGCAGCAAGCGCAACAGCAGAUUCAAGCUGCCAGGGACGACGCCAACUUGAGAGUCUCACAAGCACAGGGAGCAGCCGUCUCAGUCACGCAAGCAGCAUUGGCAGUCGUGGGCGCCAUCAUCGGCUCUUCACUUCUCACCAUCUUGGGCUUCUACAUCUGGACACGCUACCGCCGGGGCAAACGUAAGGAGGCAAAGGAGAGGGAGUUACGACGGGAAAUCAGCUACCCGAAACAGAACACGCUCAUGACGACAAACGCAUUAGCGGCCAACAACGGCUACCCGCCAGACUUAAAACGGUCUAUAUCACCGACGAGGCCAGACACGGCACGGACGACGGGGUCGGGCGGGAUGGGGUACGCGGUGAGUGACUUUGGCGACGGGGCACCAAAUUUUUCGAGAACGACGACGUUCGUGAGUCAGUCGGCACCUCAGAUGCAGACGAUACAGCGAGAGCCGUCGGUGAGUCGAAAACCGGUGGUGCCGCCGUCGCCGAGGAAACAACCGCCGUACUCUCUCUUCCCGCCAAAGUCGAGAGACGGACCGCCGAAUACGGCUCUGCCUCCCACUCCGGCCCCAGCUCGAAAUAGAGAGCAACAGGAACAGCCACCGGGGACAGGGGGAUCACAAGGGCCUCCUCCACCAUUUGCCUCAGCCACCAACACCAACCCGUUCGCUUCGACCAACAACGAGAAGCUGAGCAAGGUGGACGAGGAAGGCGAACUUGUGGAGGGGAGCAAGGGCUGGUUGAGACGGACGCAGACCGUGAGUCCGUUUGGGGACCUGGUCGACAGCCCGACAGGGGAGAAGGGUUCGGACUGGCCAUUUAGGAGGUCAGAUUCGCCGCCUCCCAAAUGA